UAUCUACCGUUACUUAUCCUUGACAAUCACACCAGCCAGAAUGGCUCUCACCAAGCGUGUAUUACGAGAAAUCGUCGAAAUGUAUUUUUGUGGAUAUUGAGUGGUUGUUGGCUAGCUAAGAAGCUGGUUUGGUUACUGAAAACAGGCGUGUUUUCGCAAUUGAAAUUGCGGUUGUCUGGCUAGUUCGCCACUAGCAAGGAUCUAACGUUAGCGUCCAUAUUUUCUGCUUGAUUAUCCUAAUGUUAGCUGUCUGUCAGUCGUGGAGUAGGCCUGCACUCCCGGAGCUCAAUAGCCCUGCCUUAAUCCUGUGCAAGGAAAUAACAGGCAAAGCCUUUGAUUUGCAGUUUGUUUCAAAACAUGUCAAAUUAUUUGUUUAAUCAAACACAGCUAACUAGCUAGCCAAUAUUUGUACACAGCUGGCAUCACGGCUCAGCCAAGAAUCCAGCAUUUGUCAGAUGAGCUAACGUUAAAUGCUAGCUAUUUUAGCUGGCAAUGGGAUUUUGAAAAUCAAUUCGACAAAAUGUUUAUUGCAAAUAUAAGUAUUGUUGUGGGUAUUGGUCAUGUUUCAAUUUUGGUUGUCGGUGCUCGCGUGCACCUUGGACAAAUUUCGUAAAAUGCGAGGAUUUUGUCAGCUGCUGAUGUCAUUUGAGGAUUAUGCGGUAACGUUUGCUUGGCAAAGAGCUAGCUAGCUAUCUAACGUUAGCUUACCUAAUGCCGAUGAGCUAGUCGGUUGUUGUUGCUAGCUUGGCGCAACAUCUUUUGGGUUUGCCUUAAAUGUUGCAUCCAGCUCAUUACGCCCUAAAAGUAUCGAGGCUGGCUCUACAUUCUGCAUUAUCAGAUCUUUGUCGUCCCCCCUCCAUUGUGUAGCUAAUGACCAUCUGCUGCUGUGUGGUGUGGCCUCUGCCUGUACUCUGCAUUUAGCUGUAUUGUGAACCCCUUCUUCAUUUCCUCUUUCCAUCCGAAGACGACAUUGGUAUUUUAAACACCCAAGAAUGUUACUCCCUUGUGUGAAGCAGACUAAAAUUAGCUAACACCUUUAGAAACGAAUUGUCUCUCUACAUGUCAAGUUGCAAUAGUUAACCCAUUGUAGCAUUAGUUAAUAUAAUAAAUUUCAUGUACCUCCCAUCUAGUCUUGGUAGACAACAUGUGUAAAUUCCUGUAAAGUGGAUACAUUUUGCGUUCAUUUGGCUCCUUAACCUUUGCCUUUCAUGCUCUUAGAUUCGUUAUUAGUAAUAACGUUAGGCCUAAAUUCGUAAAUGAAAGGCAUAUUGGACAAAUGAAGGUGCACAGCCAAAGCUUGUGUCCUUAUUAACCUUUUCUUCUGAUAUAGGAAAAUGCUAUUGUAAUUAUGAUGGCAAUUUUGCCAUUUCAAGAGGCAUGUCUUAUCCAUACUGGGAAAACAAUACAUUUGCAAAUUUCAGUAUAUUUUCCUGGACAUGUCAAAAAUUACUGAAAAUAUUAUAUUUCAUGAAAGGGCAUACUACUGAGGCCUGUAGAAACAAACAAAACAAAACAAAAUGCUAUCCAUUUCACAGGGAUGUUUAUUUUCCUGCACUGCAACAGAAAUCCUCUAUUAGAUUCAAAUUGUCUAUUGUUUGGUUGUGGUCUCUCUACCUUUUGUUCUGGUAAUAGACUUCAAUGCAUGGUCACGUUAUAUUCAUAUUUUGUUUUACAUUGAAUAGUAUAUUCCAAUGUAAUCUUUCUGUAGCAAAGAUGUACCCUGCUGUACUGUAACGUGCUGUAGCCAACACAUUUGCUCAUUGGAUGCAGCUUUUGUUCUGUUAACCCUAUACAGAGCAUGACGGGCCUUGCCUCCAGUCAGUGUUGUUUUUUGGUUUAUUAUUUUGUUGCAUGGUAUUUAUAUUUAUGACACAGUUCCACAUACUAAUAUUUUUCAAUAAAGAAUAUAGUAUUUUUCCUAACCUUCAGUGUGCUUCUUGCUGAUUUCCAUUUAUUGUCUUCCCUCCCCCCACCUCCUCCUUUCCCUGCCGUGACAAAGAUAGACAGUUCCUUGCUUUUCCCCCACCACCAUGAGACCUGAUUGAGUUUAUCUGCGGUCAUUUAUGUUGGUUUGUCUGGAGGCACUUGAAGGUGCGGAGCUUGUUUUAGUGGAUUUGUUGUUUGCAUUUUGUCUUGAGGCCAAGGCAAGGUGCAUUGUUUCAAAUAUUGGCAAAUAUUAUUAUAUUGCAAUUUUGCUGCAAGUAAUGUACAGUAACGGUACAAAAACAAGAAUUGCCAUUUUAGUGUUUGGCAUAAAUUUAAAUUGGUGUCACUGGCAUUUUUCAAGCAAAACAGUUUUGUUGAUCAUUUUUAAUAUCUAAACGCUGCACCUUCAAGUUUGCUACCAGUUAAUAAUCCCAAAUGCAAUGUAGGCUUUGCUCUUCGCUCCUGUGGUUUCUAAGGGGGGUUCUUCAUCUUGCUUCAUGUGUUCCUCUAACACUUGGAACAGGUUCUUAAUGCUAUUAAAUAAACAGUCAAAUCCGCAUCGUUUUUAAAAUCGAGAUGUAUUAAAGGGAAAGCAAGUUUUGGAGGUUUCGACAAGCUGAAAUGUACCAAUGAGCUUUGUUUUGGCUUCGACAUUAGUGUAUGAAUGGCAAGGAAAACACAGUGAAAUUCUCUAAUUGUCUUCUACAUCUUUGUCUGGUUCACAUUCAGUCAUGUGUGCUCAUAUACUCUAUUUUCCUGAUCAUUUUCAGUCCCUUGGUUCAUAUCAUGACACAACACCUCUGGGAUACAUGCUAACACCCUGUACCUUUCAUCAGAGCUUGGCCACCAAUGCCUACUUUUAGCAUUGCAGUCCUAAGUCACCUUUACUAUUUACCAUCAUAAUGAUAGCUAGUUGAGUCAGUCAUUUGUGAUUCAUUGAAUUCAAGGCAAAUUAGUAGAAUCGUUGUUGAAUGAAAGCCAGCCAGGAAAUGGUGCCCUGGAAGGAAGGAUUUAGUGUGACUUUGAGGCACAUGGGUUUGUUGGAGCAGCCAUUACUGGCCUUGCUACCAAUGUCGGAGGGUGUCUCUUGCUGCCCCCCUCAGCAUCUUUUGUAUCACAUACAAGGCUAUUAAUUAAAUGACCACUGGCAACUUCACUGCCAACUCAACUAGUUAGCUCACCGAAAGAAAAGUCACACCUUGCAAUAGCUCACAUCGCCAUAGCCUUGCUCAGCUGCUUUAAAUGUUCACUUUUUCCCCCUAAAAAUGUUUAUUAUAGGAAUAAUAUGACUGAACAUCAGAGAGAAGUUUGUUUUGAUGUUCAGUAUGUCUGUUUAACGUGGAUGCUUAUAUGGUCACUGGGCUGCCAUUGCUAUGGUUUUAAUCCUCUUAUGACUUCAGUUUCUAAUGGGAAAUAUUGAUGCACUGCCACUGACUUAGUAAACAUACACCAUCCAGCACACUGAAUGCAUUUGUUCCCUACAUAUUGAAAGAAGGCUAAAUCUGUGUCAAAUCUGGGAAGACAUGUAGCCUACUGUUGUGUAAGAACACCAUGCUUAUGGUCUACAAUUGCUAACUGGUGUGCUAGGAACUCAUUCAACAUCAUGUAAGUGAUCUUAAAUAAUUUUGUCUAUUUUCCUUUGUUACCAUUUUUGGAAUACUUUGGGGCCACAUAGAAUAUAUUUCUUUGGAAUUGUUAAGCAUGUUAGCAGAUAAAAUAAAUAAUAAAUAUUUUAAGAUGGUAUUCAAAUCAAUAGAUUGUAAAACUGCACUGUUAAUUUAGUGGAGAGUAGUUGUACAACACGCAAAAAGCUUUUUGAUUCAAAUAAAUGUAGAGCUUCUUCUGUUAUAGGGAAGCACAAAGUUCACGCUACGUGAUCGAGUUGAACUAUAAUUGAAAUAAACACGGACUGAAGAAAUCACUCUUUAAGACUGCCAUGAUGCCCUAAGUGUGUGUCGGAGAGAAACCUGAGGUCUGGAAAUAGUCCUAAAAUCUGUAGUUUUUAUCUAGUUGUCUCAUUUGAAUAUUGCUCAGACUUGAGCUACAAAUUUCAGAUUGGUUAUUUAUUACAAUUUUACAUUUUUAAAAUGAGCUUUGACAUAGUAGCAGCCCUUGAUGGACCUUGCAAAUAGGUAAUAAAAGAAUAGGUUGAACUGUUAUGACAUGUUAAACUUUACAGUGCAUUAUUCAUUUCCCUUAGUGAAGAGUCCCAUCUAAACCAGAAGGAGAUGGAUAUAGAUUUUCUAUGCAACAACAACAAAAAAACAGUGCUAAAAAGUUUGUUUUAAGUAAUUCAGUGCUUUUUAACCCAUUUUGACAUUCAUUCCACCAGUUUGUUAAAAUGAGAAUUGACCCUGGUCUAUCACCCAAAGCUGGAUACCUACAGGGUGCAUCUUAGAAGACAGCAUAAAGCAUGUCUCCCACACCAAUCCAACUACUAAGAUAUCCUUCUGAGACUAUUUCUUAUUAUUAAUUUUCAUUUAUUUGGCUGAGUGAGUUUUAGAUGACAGCUGAGCUCUCCUCUCAGCUGUCCUACCCUACGCAAGUGGGAACACUGCUUUAAAUAGCAGCUAAAUAAUAUUAGCCACAGUUGCAACCACGGUAACCGGUAUCAGCUGCUCUGAGGUGAGAAGCCCAACCUCGGAAGCAAAAAUGAUUUGCCCCACCCACACAACACUUACCUCAUUUGCUCAUUCUCUUCACUUGACUUCUAUCAUUUAUUGCCAUUACUUUUAAAUGAUUCAAAAUCACACUGCAUACUUGUCUGAUCUGAUUGACAAAUACACCUAAUUGCUCAUUUCAUAAUAUCUCUCAUCUAAAGUGAUGCAGAUUUUUCACUCAAUGCCUUAUCGUUGUUCUUUCCAGGAUCCCAUUUUAACAGGCAUCAGCAGAGCCAUGCUACCUCUUGCCGGCAUUUCCACUUAGGCCCGCAGGCUCAGAUUCCCCUUGAUUUCCCCAUGCCCCAUCCAGGACAAUCUCAACCAGGCCUGGCCCCCCACCUGGCCCCAGGUCCCCACCAGCAGUCCCCCCAGCUACAUCAGCCUCUGAACCCCAUCCCCCCGCCCCCACCUCCCCAGUUCCAAGACAUCCAAGGACCCCCCUUCCUACCUCAGGCCUUACACCAGCAAUACCUCAUCCAGCAGCAGCUUCUGGAGGCCCAGCACCGACGGAUCCUCCCACACACCAGGCACACCCAGGAGAGAGCACCCCACCCCCCCCAGCCUCUGCGGACAGGGUACGACUACACCCCACCAUUGCACGUCCCACAGCCAAUGACCCAGCAGCCUCGCUACCUGGCCGAGGGAACAGACUGGGACCUGAGUGUGGACACGAGCCUGUCCCCCCAUCAGUACCACAUCCCCCCGCUGCCCCAGCCCUACCAGCACUAUCUCACCUCCCCACGGCUGCACCACUUCCCCAGGAACACCUCCUCUGCCCAAGUAGUCGUUCAUGAGAUCAGAAACUACCCGUAUCCACAGCUUCACCUGCUGGCGCUGCAGAGCCUGAACCCCUCACGGCACGCCUCCGCUGUGCGGGAGAGCUAUGAGGUGGAUGUGUUUCAUCAGGAGCUCCUGCAGUUAGAGGACAGACUGGGCAGUGUAAACAGAGGAGCUGUUCAGACCACUAUCGAGAGGUUUACAUUUCCUCACAAAUACAAAAAGAGAAGACCACAGGAGCUGAAACUAGGAAUGGGUGACGAAGAGUUGGACACAGAUGAAAAAUGCACAAUAUGUCUGUCGAUGCUGGAGGAUGGAGAAGAUGUCAGGAGAUUACCCUGCAUGCAUCUCUUUCACCAGGCCUGUGUGGACCAGUGGCUGGUCACCAGUAAAAAGUGCCCUAUCUGCAGGGUGGACAUUGAGACCCAGCUGACGCCUGACAGCUGAUGUCUCGUGUAGCUUUCUGUCUGACGGCCCUGCCCCUCCCCCCCCUCUGUUCUUUCUCCCUCUCUGGGUGCUUUGCCAAAACCCUCACCAUCCACAUCACCUCCAAUCUUGCCUUCUGAGCCAGCUGAAGACCAUUGGUGGGGAAAAACACAGACCUGAAUAACGUGUCUGUCAGAAACCAUUAGUUGAAGAAAACAAAUGUAAAAGAAAGGAUGGAUAGCAUGGAAAGAAGGAAGAAUCUAUCUGCAUGACGUAACAGUCAGAUAUAGGAAUCUCAGUCAAGUUGCCGAAGGAUUUGUGUUCCAUUUAGUCGUACAGAGAUUAAUGUGUCAUUGGUCAAAAUGUCCCAGCAUGCAUCUGUAGUGUUGACAGAUUUGUACAGUGCAUAUACCUCCCAAUUUUCCCAGGCUGUUCCUUUCAAAAGAGAACCAAAAGCUGUAGCUCUCUGUCUGUCUCUCUCUCUCUCUCUCUGUCUCUCUCUCUCUCUUGCACUCUAUAUCUCUUUUUUUAAAUGUUAACUGUUAAACCAACAUGACACAUUUGCAAUGCUGCUGUUAUUUUGGAAUCUAGAAAUAGAUGAUAAUUUCUACAGUGUUGCAUUUGCUUAUGGUAAAUGGGAGUAGAACCUAAUUAUUUCUAAUUUGAUGUAGAUGUACAGUACUUUGUGGUCACACCAUACCAUGGAAAGGAUAGGAGCAGAAGGAAACUAGAUAACAUUCUGGAUAUAGACGGUGAUUUUGACAUAAUUUCACAGGUUUCUAAAGUCAUUUUGAUUUUCCUCUACUGGGGAGGUGAUGGAUUCAUGUAAUGGUGUCCAUGGUGACCACACACACAGAGCUGAGGCGAGCCAAUCUGUCUUGUGUGCUUGUGAAAACCGAAACAUGAGGAAAAAAAAAGGAGUCCAAACGCAUGCAUAGUAGUGGGUCAGGGCUUUUUGUGUUGUGAAUGUGAAAGGAAGGUGGGUCUUAGUGGUUGCAUCAGAAAGGUUUGAAGAUCCUCCUUCCAAAAAGAAUAGAAAAAAAACAACAAAAAAAACAACAAAACAAAAAUAAGCAAAAAGCAUAAUGAAAUGAUAACAUUAAAUCACUGUUUCUGGGUGGGUGACGGCAUACAUAAUGGAGGAAUGCGUCCUUGUUUGUAGUGUGAACAAACCAUGAGUGUUAAAUCCCCUUUUGUGAUCUACCAUACCUUGUUGCCUAGAGGACAAGCACAUGUGAUUUUAACAUAGCAACAACCUACUUCACCUGUAUUCGUUAGCACUGUCAGUGUCUGGUAUUGCUUGAACCUUUGUAUAGACCAUUAGCAGUGGAAACAGGUCCGAUCUGUAUUGUGCAUGACAGUUGUGCGUGCCGUUCUUGAAGUAGAUUUACAGUUAAAAAAAAAAAGGGAAAAAAAAGCCAUUUGUUUGAUAAAAACCAAACAUGUCUUUCUAAGCUAUUUUUGGUUCUUACACUUUUGUUUGUAUGUUUGUUGUGAUUAUUUUUUGUUGUCUUUCUUUAAUCAUAGUUUCUUUGUUUCUUUUCCUGAUCAUUUUUGAUUAUGCCAACAUGGACACGAGACAGAUUUUAAAAUGUCUUAUGUCCAUUUUCAUCUUUUGUAUGACAUAGCUGCAAUGCUGGAAUAAUAUUUAUUGUUGUCUUAAUGUAGCUAGCUAUUGUUUUGUAAAUGCACUAUAAUAUGGGGUUGCCUAAUGUGACUGUGAGGGUUUUAUUUGUCCCUGCUGAUUUCACUCCCUCCCUCUCUUUUCUCUCUCUCUGUUUCUCUCUCUCUCUCUCUCUCUCUCUCUCUCUCUCUCUCUCUCUCUCUCUCUCUCUCUGAGCAGUGGUAGAAAUAACGUGCUUGAUGUGCUGCACAGCUGCAGGUUGCUUGGUCCUGAAACAAUGCGAAGUCGUAUUUAUCCUUGGCUUAAAAUUAACAAAGAUGAAUUAAUGUCAUCUGCCCAUUCACAUUUGUAUCCACCUCUUAUUAUAACUAUUUAUCAGCAUGUCUUCGUAACGUUAAAUAAAAACAACCUUUUUAUCAUUGUGCACUCUAGUGGAAGGGCCAUAUGCUGGCCCCCAGAAAACCCCAGCUCUCAGACUAUGGUGUUGAAUUGUAACUUUGUUUCGGUGGGCAGUCAGGAGGCAUUUUGCGUAGGAUGUGACUGUGAUGGCAUUCUUUGUUCUUAGUAAGCGUCCAGUGUUAUUGACCUGCUAGCCUUUCCUGUGUGUAUGAAGUGUUGUGUCUGAACGCCUCCCACUGCUCUCAUGUCAGCUGUAAGAGAAAAGGCUGCCGAGGCAUCCGCUUUGGAUCUCCAUGUUUUAAAAGGACAUAGUUUACACGGGACGUUGUGUGUUGAAAUGCCUUAAGUAUUUAACAAUCAUAAUUUAUUACUAACUAUAGACAUGAUGGGUGCAUUUUUUAGUUUUGUGUUUUAACCUGAUUAUUUAUUUAUUUAGACAUAGUAACACAUGUAAAAAUACCUCAUUAUGCAUAUCUUAAAUGGGAGUGCUUUGCAUGCAGUUGUAUUUUGAAGGCAUACAAAAUGGGUGUAUUGCCAUAUGUUUAUGUGUGGUGCUGUUGAUCUUGGUUACAUUCCAUUCAAUGCAACUUCUAAAAUUUCCUCUGCCAUGAGGUAGUUGUGGACAAACUGCAAAAUGGACUGGAAGUGUUUUGCAUGUCUCCUGUUUUUGCACUGUCAGCAUGGCCAAUCGUCUCGCUGGUCCUGGCUUAACAAUCCUUUGCUUUUCUGUGUGAGGCUUUCGGUUUCUGGUUGUGUUUUUUCCUUAGUUUUGUUUGUUUUGCUUGAUUUCUUACCAAAUUUGUGAAACUACAAAGGUCUAUCCUUAUCCUCUGAGGAAAUCUUUUUUUCUUUUGUGAUUGUCACAUAUCAGUGGGCCAUCCUGCCUGGCUUGCCAUUAACUUGCUACUGUAGCCUAAAUGCUUACACAGCUGCUUGUUGGAUGUCAUCGUGUCUCAUGUGGGAAGUGGUCUGUAGUAGGAGCUUUUACACUGAUGAGGAUUUUUAGAUGUACUACUAGCUGGGUGUUUCAUUGGAUAUGGUUGAGAGGCCAAAAAAUGCAUCCAUCACUAAGUUAUACCAUUUCAAGUAGGGUUGGUUUCUCCCGGUUUGAUCUUCCUAGUUCAUUAUUAGUCUCCCCCUCAGAGCUCUCUUCAUUCCUUAACAAAAGAGCAACUAGCCCUUGCAGCAGUACAAGGAUCUGAUACAAACCGUCUCAUGUUUUUGUCAACAAAAGUGCAAGUGAUCAUUUGUGAAAGAUUUUGUUUCUUUUUCUCCACCGAGAAUAUGAAUGAAAGCCCUUUGUGUAAAGAAAUGGCUUUGUUUGCUUAUUUUCUCCCCCAUACUUUUAGCAGUUCCAUCUAGGACAUUAUAUGGAAAUCAAAUUGAGGGAUUUAACCCUUAAAGGAGUACCGUCACACCGGUGUGAUGGGAAUGUUGAGAAAUUAACGUUCUAAAGAAUAUCUGGGUUCAUUGAAUUCAACAUAGAAUUUUAGAACCUUCAAUUGUUGCGGAACUUAGAAUGUUCAAAAACCUACACCUUUAAGGGUUUAAAAAAAACAGAAACUGCUGCCUCUGUCUUUUCUCGCUACUGUCAGCUUAGUCUUGUAACCGAGUAUUGUGGGAAAUUUGCUGUGAAUCUUGGGGCUGUUCAAGUGAAAAAGCUGCAUGUUGACACUAGAUAGUACCGCUCGCUAAUGUGGAGCUAAACUAGCACUUUUAACUAACUGCAAAAUUGUCCCCAUUGAUAUCGAUCCGAUAGCUGAACCGUGAGCUUGUGGUUAAUGCCGAUGAUAAGACACUCUAUCCAACUAUAGGCUAUGGUUUUCCAACAUGGUUGCCCCCAAGCGUGGAGACCAGAGUCCCAACACAGGGUUCUGGUUCCUAGGGUUUUUAUCACCCAUAGUAGCCUUACCAUCUCUUUUUCUCCCUGCCGUUGUUUCAGCGAUUAUUGGACAUGAGCAAUAGUGUUCUCAUCAUCCAUAAAGCAGAAUGAACAGUAGAUCUUAAAGCACAAGCUAAUGCAUGUUUCUCUCAGGAUUAAAUGUUCACAUGGGAAUGGAUCGAUAUGUUAAAUAUUAUACCAUUUAAUAUUUCUGAUGUUUUUCUGCUGCUGAC